UUCUAGAUAUAGAUUCUAGAUCUAGAUCUAGUCACUAGAUUUUAUAAAUAGUUAUUAGAUCUAGUUAGAAUCUAUAGAUCUACAAUCUAUAUUAUCGAAAAAAAUAUCCUUACACUAGACAGGUUUAUUACUUUAAGUUACAUAAUGAAGUGGAAAAUCACCUGAAGUAUACUGUGGAUCUAAAUCUCUGCUUAGUCUGCGACAUAUAAAAUGGCUUAUCUUCUCGGAAAUGAAACUUGCAUUGAAAGCUUACAGAGAGACGUGCAGGAUUUGCAGUACACUGUGAAUGAGAUUGUAUCCAGAAUUGGGCCCAUUCAGACUCAGUCAUGGAAGUUUCCAGAUAAAAUGGCAUGCGACUUAGACAUCAAAGAUCUCCUGGACCUUUACAGCUGUGACCAACAGGAUGAUGUGGAGGACAGGCAGGUGGCACAUAUUGCUUUGUAUGAGCUGGUGAUAGAUAGGCUGGUUUUUAUUCUUCAAGCUUUGUCAACAUUCCUGCACCAGAAUACGAACAGUGGUGCUUCUCAAAAUCUUGAUGAGCAUGGCAGUAAUCUGUCUAGUUCUGUGGGGCUAGUAGCUAAACAGUACUGGCUCAGCAUGCUAAAGCUGAACACACAGGUUCAACAAUUACAGUCUGAAAGUAGGUCCAAAAACAGUAAAAUAUCAGAACUAGAAAACAGGAAACACAGCUUAACAGUAACUGACCUUUCUACAUCAUUCGCUGGUAAAUAUGAUGGAAACUUGCCAACCAAUAUUCUUAAAACUCCUGGUACUCUUGGAGUGAUUCCCCCUAAUAAUGCAGACUUAGUGCUUAUGGGGCUGGCAUCCCCACCUGAAAAUAAAGCAUCCAUCUCACAAGACAUGAAUCACAAGUCUUGCCAAACUUUAGAAACAGCAUUUGUCGCCUGCGAGUCAUGUGACAUAAUUCAAAGAAAAAUGCGUGAGGGUGGAGAACUGAUCAUUAAGUCAUGCUCUGACCAAGGACUCCCUUGUUCACUGAAAAAAUUCAAAAGCCAGGUGAACCAUGUGGAGCUUCUGACAUUUAACGAUGUUUGCCACUGGAUGACCGAGCAAAAUAAAGAUAUAGGCAGGAUCGCAAAGCAGACUGAACUGCUUCAGUCCAUGGUUGAUCCACUAAAGCUAGAAGUUAAGACAGCAGAGGUCAAAAUAAAAGAUGCUGAUGAAAAAAUGAAACUCAAUGAGCAAAAAUUAGUUGAAGUCAAUGAAAACAGCAAAAAAAUGUGCAGAAACUUAGAGAACAAGUUGAAAGAGCAGGACAAGAAACACACUGAACUUAUAAAUGAAGAAAGGAAAAAUAAAGAGCAGCUGAUGAAAGAGAAAGAACAAGUGAGCAAAGAUCUCAGCGAGGCAAAGACUCAGAUUGAUCAACAAAUGGUGGCUAUGAAAAAACUUGAAGUGGAAUUUAAACAUCUUGAGCAUGAACUAGAAAGUAAGAUUAAAGAGGCGGACAGAGUGGGACAACUGACUGAAGAGAUGGUUGAACUGAAAACACAGCUGACCGAUGUGACAGCUCAGAUGGUUGGCUAUCAGAAGGCUUUAGCAAAAGAACAAGGCAAGAGCAGAAGUCUAAGUAAACACAAUGAGUCACUCCAGGCUAAACAAGAGGCUCUACUGUCCAGAAUGGAUCUUCUUGGUCAAAACAAUGAUGCUUUUGCCUCGCAGGUUGCAUCGCUGGAGGAGGAGAAGAAUGUCCUGGAAGACAAACUGGCAGAACUGUCCGUAGAGACAAAAGAACUAAGGAAAAAAUUAAAAGAGAAUGAGGUGAUCUUGAAAAAUUUGGAAAAAGAAAAGAAAUUGUUAGAAAAAUCUUUGAAAGAGAGUCUGGCAACAGCAGAUGUGUUAAAGAGUCAGUUGGAGGAAGUCAAGGAAAGAGAAAGGAUGAUACUAGAGUAUCCUGACCUGAAUGGACCUAUAAAUAGAGAUUAUCAAGGAAGUGGAGAUAUUGCAACAGAUAUGAACAAUCAGAUCAGAGCCAAUCAAAUCAGAAUUCAGCUGCUGGAGGAUCAGAAUGAAACACUGACAGAGUCAGUCAAGAAAAUCUCAGGCCUUCAAAAAGUGGAGGAUAACUCAUAUAGGCAACAAAAUACUACUCGCUCAUCUCCAAUGAAGCCGCAACCACUAUGGCAGCAAGACACCAGAGACCACAACAUUAACACAAACAAUGCAUCAUACAAUGGUAACUAUCAGAACACUCACAGAGAUUCCAAGGGACCAUCACAGUAUCAAAAAGAAACUUCCAGCAAAGAUGCCAAGAAAGAUACAAGGUUUGCUUGGGAAACACCCAGUUCUCAGAUGGAUACUUCUGAGUUUCUAAUAGGGCAUGGUUUCACUGAAACCAGACCAAGCCACCUCCGCCAAGACUCACCUGCAAAAGACAGAUCUCAUCCCAGGCCACCUAGUGCCAAACUUGGUUCUGUCAUGGCUCCUGUCAAUGCCACACCAAUUUCAGCAUAUACGCACAUGAAAAAAUCUUUGGGGAUAUUACAAGGAAAAGAAACAUUAAAAAAAGGUCGUCCAAUGUCUGCAAAUCUGAAGUCUCAAGGUCCUCAAGCAUUAUUCCAUGAAGAACAGUCAAAGCAAAGAUCAAAUUUACCAUUUUCUUGUUCACGCUGUGAUAAAAUGUACAGUCUGUUAAGGGACUUGGAAAUCCACAAAACUUACUGUACCCAGUAGUUUCAUUUUUUUUUUAAAAUUAAUUUGGUGGGAUAUGUAUAGAAUGUUAAGAGAUGUUUAGAUCAGUCAUGUGAUCUAAUACAGAGUUUAAGUAUGGCUUCAAUUAAUUGAUUAAAAAAUAAACAAUAAAGCACAAUAUAGACAGAAUUAGUACUACAAUGAGCUAAUGACUAAGUUUACUGUCUUUAAAAAGUGCUAUUCUGGUCAAGUUGAAGGAACUCAUUUUAAAUGUUAUAAUUGGCAAGGUGGUUGAGGGGUAAAGCUCUUCACUUCUUAAUAGAGGGCUCCCAGGUUCAAAUCUCCGUGAAGACUGGAAUUUUUAAUUUUGGGAUUUUAAGGGUCCCCUGAGUCCCAAUCAACUCUAAUGGGUACCUGACAUAAGCUGAGUUAAGUAAAGCUGUUAGUCAUUGUGCUGGCCACAUGACACCCUUAUUAACCAUUGGCCAUAGAAACAGAUGACCUUCAUAUCAUCUGCCCUGUCUAUCACAAGGUCUGAAAGGAGUACUUUUUCUUUUAUUUAAACAUUGUUACAUCUUACUCUUUAAGACCCACUGAACUAUUAAAAUGGGUAAAAUAAAAAUCAUAAUAUUUGUCAUUACCAAAUGAAUUUCUUGCAUCUUAUAAAUGCAAACUGUGAAUUGAAAUUGUCAUUUUAGAAAAUAGUUUUUCUCUCAUUGUUUGUAAAAUUAUUUUUUUCACUGUUCAUUUCCAUUGACACACUUUCAUCAUAAAUUUCAAUUAUUUUUAUUGAAAUAAAUAUUUUUAAUCUUUUUUUUUAAACCUAGUUUCAUAAGACAAUCACCUCUAAAAGUGUAAAAAAAACACACAACACUUUAAUACAUUUUUUUCUGGGAUUUUUAUGGUUCUACAUCAUCUGUGAUAUAUCAUUUAUUUGUUUAUUGUAUCAUUUACUAUCUUUAGCACGUUAUCAUGUAUGACUUGUUGAUUUAUCAUCCUUUU